AUGGCCGGCCGUCUCUCCAUUGCCGUGGUGCUGCUUGCCGUGUUACUUGGCUAUGUGUACAACUUUUACGUACAGCGAACCGUCUACGUCUCUGGCCUCUUUCGGAAUCCAGAGAAGACUGAAUUGGCUCCAGGAGACUAUAAGGUGAUUGAAAACGCGAUCAACUGUGAAGACUUGCACCAUCAUGAACCAAGCGGCCUCAUCUUCGCUGCCUGUGAAGAUGCUCCAUUGAGCCGUCUGGCAUGGUUCCCUCCUCUUGGACAUUUCAGCAACCCAUCGACGGAACGGAUGAAGGGAAAGCUCCAAGUUAUUGAUCCCAAGACAUUCAAGACUCAGAUCCUGGCGCUCGAGGGUUUUAGCGGCCCAUUUGUGACACAUGGCAUUGAUGUUAUUGAUGAUCCGGAUAAACCGAAAGGCGAGGCAGUUUACAUAUUUGCCGUCAACCACAAGCCUAACCCCGACCAUUACAGUGAGAACGGCGACGUCAAUGCCCCAAAGUCGCAUUCGGUGGUGGAGCUAUUUCACCAUGUCAUUGGCUCUGAGACAGCGCGACACGUCAGGACAAUAUGGCACCCCCUCUUCAUAACGCCAAAUGACCUGGUUGCUGAAUCUCCAACGUCGUUUUUCGUGACGAAUGACCACUAUUACACCGAGGGACUCAUGAGGAUGGUUGAAGACCUGUUUCCUAUGGCUACAUGGACCAAUGCCCUUCACGUCCAGCUCCAAGAGCCGGAGUCAGUUGAUGGUGGUGACAGUGCAGGAGUCCAUGCGUCGAUUGCACUGGAGAAUCUGCACAACCUGAACGGAUUGAGAAAAAUCCGGGGAAACGCCAACAAGGUCAUCGAGGUGACUGAAGUGGUCGAGUUUGGGUCGCCUAUCGACAAUCCAAGCUACUUCAGGGAUCCAUAUGCCAACAGUUCCUUUGACGCGAGCGGUGUUGUUUCCUGUGGACCGACGAGGGGCAUAGAUUUCUUCAGUAACAAGGGAAAAGAGUUUGUUCUGGACCCCAUAAUGGUGUGGAAGGCCUCGCCUAAACCUGGCAAAAGAGAAGAAGGAGGUGCUGCAAUUAAAGACGGGGGAAAUUGGGAUGUCAAUGUGAUUUUCCAAGAUGACGGACACAGAAUUCGAUCUGCUAGUGCCUCCGUGCUGGUGGCCAUUGAUCCGAAGGAAGAGGGAGGCAGACGCAGGGCAUGGCUAUUUGUCUCGAGCUACCAUGCCUCGAAUGUCAUUGCCGUCAAGAUUGAUUUGUAA